AUGGUGGCGGAAGCUCAAAGUUAUGAGGAGUUGAUGCAAGAUGCAGGAUUCGCAAAAGAGUGUGACAGGACGAGAAUCACUGGACAUUUCACGGGGGAAAGCGGCAUAAAGGAGACGGCUAGAAAUGGCUGCGCCUCUUCAUCGAUCCAGUGGUUUGCGCGCCAUUCCAGUCAGGUCACAUGGGCCUACAUCGAGGAAGCAUGGAAGCUGAUGGCUGAUGAAGUUAAGCAAGGACUCCAAGCUGAUGGCCUUUGGUUUGAGAGUGAGGAAGCCAGGAAGGCAAUUGGAGAUGGGGCACGAAAAGCCUUGUCGCCAAAGGGAAAAGGGUAUGCUUUUGUGGCAGUUCUCUUCGGGCCCGAUCAAGAUAUGCUACAACGGUUUGUGUUGGGAGCUCUGGUCUUGGGGCAUUCUUUGAAAGUGAGUUCAACCAGUUUUGACAUGGUACUCCUACACACUGCCGAUGUCAUGGAUGUACCUGGUGCUGGGUUGCUUGAAGUCUUUUGGAAGACACGAGAGGUGAGCUAUGUGGAAGCAAAUCCGAAGCUGAUUUGCCAAAGCGAGAACCGCUUCCAGCACGUCUUCACCAAGUUGCAAUGUUUUGGCUGCGAUGACUACGAGAAAGUGGUUUUGUUGGACAUCGACCUCCUUGUACGUGACAACAUUGAUGAGUUGAGUUCUUGCCAGCCACCGUGUGCUCUGCGGAGGGGGCACAAGGCUUUGCCCUCACAUGUGGAUGUCUCCUUGUCUUGCUACAACACUGAGGGUCGACAAAAGUUCGGCAUGAAUUUAGGAGUAGCGGUACUGAAGCCCAGCAAGGAAGAAUUGGAGAAGAUUCUGACCUCAGUGAAGAGCCGAGACCCAAUGCAUGAGGUGUGCAGCGGGCCGGAGCAAGAUUUCUUGAGUCGUUGGUUCAAGAAUUGGACAUCAAUGAAUGUGAAGUACAACUACCAACUCCAUCAGUUGGCACUAUCCUGCGAGCACGAGGGCCCUCAAGCCAUGCGUCUUCAGCUGAAAUUGGAGAACGUGAAAGUUUUGCAUUACAGUGGUCGGGUGAAGCCUUGGGACUUCUACUUUGAUGUGAGGGCAAAGUCUUCGGAGAGUUUCUCAGCAUUUUGCGAAGAGAGAUUGUUGCCGGCUUACAAUGCAAAAGGCAAAGAGUUUGAAGACACGGUCAGAAAUGCGGCGCACGAAUGGAAACAGCAAUGCAAGGAUAUGUGGCAGUAUGCGCUUGCCCAAACAAGCUGUGACAAAUGCAAGCUUUGUGGAGAAUCUCUGUUGAAGGAGAUGCAGCUUGAGCAUUGCUUCGUGCAAUGCCCGGGGAUUAGUCAUCUUCGACCAGAGGCUUUGACACUGGAAGAUAUUCAGCAUCCAGAACCUCAGGAAUUCCGAAGAGUCUUGGCAUUUGUGGCCAGUGUUCUUGAGCGCCACCGCUGGCAGGCUGACGAUACGUUUGAAGGAACCCGGGAGAGUUCAGACCAGGGAGACAAAGAGGACACGAAGCAUGGAAACCAUCAAGCUGAAGCUCCGAUAUCUGCACCGAUAUCUACAGCUUCAAGCCAAAGCGAAAGCAAGACUCUUCAUCUCGUAUUGCACCCCCAGCCCAAAAGAUCCUACGAGGAUUCUCCAUUGGGUCGCCUUCGGGAAAAGAUCCUACAAGAAGUGGCUGACAACCGAGAAGACGUUGCUGAUUUGUAUGCAGAGUUCAUUCGCUCUUGCCAUCAAGAGCGGGCUGCGCGAAGGGACUUUGCUUCUUUCCUGGUGUUUUUGCCGGGCAAGAGAGAGCUGCAGCUCUUGUGGGAGAGGUUGGAUGACGUGACAGAUCUCCAGGUGAAAUGCAUUUUCGGUGGGCAAACCAUUGAAGAGCAGGAGAGAGUCCUGUCAGAAUCGCAUCAACGUGAAAGGAGCGUAAUUCUGGGGACCGAUGUCAUCGAAUCCAGCGUCACCAUUCCGGACGUUGAUUUGGUGAUUGACACCUGCGAGCAAAAGCGCCUCCGCUGGGAUGGAGGGAAGAACCAAAGUUUGCUUACGUUGGUUUUGGUGAGCAAAGAUGAGGCCAAGCAACGCUCAGGAAGAACUGGGCGAGUGCGAGACGGUGAAGUCAUCCGCCUUGUCAGCAAAGGGUGCUUUGAUAGGUUGCAGCCUCAUGCCGAACCCCAAAUCAAGCACAGCAGGCUAGAAGACCUGCUUCUGUCCCUGUUUGAGUUGCCCAACCUGGGUGAUCCACGUCAGUUUCUGGAGAAGAUGCCGGAUGCGCCGGACAAAGCUCGUGUGGACCAAGCCAUCAUCAGGCUGUUGGAGCUAAAUGCUCUGGCCAAGCAGGGUAACGCCCAACCAAAACCCACAUUCUUUGGACGGUUCUUACAGAAAAUGCCUUUGGAUCCUGACGUCGGCUUUCUUGUGAUGAGCGGGGUUAGGCUGCAAAUUGUUCAGGAAUGUGCUAUUUUGGCCGCAGUUCACCAACGAGGGGACCCCUUCCUGGACAGCAUGAAUCUGAGCCCCGAGGAAGUGAACGGUCUGUGGGAGGUGCGUGAUGCCUGCAGCCCUGGGCGCGCAAAAGGUCGAGAUCGUCCACUGCCUGGCGACUUGAUGGCAGGACUGGGAGCUUACAAAGCCUGGCAAGCUCAAGUGAAGAACCAGACAAGAGGAGGUUGGACCUGGGACAUCAAGGAUGAAGCUGUUUGGUGCGCUCAGCAUUUCCUGAGCUUGGAGAGAUUGCACGAGCUUGAAGAAAUGGUGGUGCAGAUCCGUGAUGUUUUGGAAGAACUGGGCUAUGCUUCGAGCCUUCCCCAAGCCGACAAAGACAGAAUGAGGCAGAGGAGACAAGACAAAGUUGGCACUUCUUUGGCUGCCAGGAUUCGCCCAAUGCUUCAUGCAGCCCAGGACUUUUGGCGCCUGUUGCGUGAUCAAAGGGAUCGGGAUGCCCAGCUGCUUCUGGCUUGGUGCAUUGCAGCCAGCUUCACAAGUGGCCUCAUUGAGGUGAAGAACGGUUCCAGCACAGAGCAGUUGAAGUACAAGGCCAAGAAUAAUCGGUCGCAUCAGGUUUCAGAGGUUUUGAGACGGCAAGGAUUCCACGUGGUAGAUGGUCGCGUUUUGCAAAAGGGUGAUGUACAGGUGAGCUUCCAAAGCCCUCAGGAAGCUCACAAAGCUUUUCAGAUUGGGCAGCUGGUGAACAACAACAUGAUGCCGUGGAGGGCAGCAGACCCAUGGGGGCGGCCACAGCAGCGCACAUCAGUGCAUCCCCGAAAAUGCUAUGAAGGAUCCCCCAUCAAGAUCCUUCCAUCGUCGCUUGCGUGGCUGCCCACAACGGAAGAUGCAGUGCUUGCUGGGAUUUGGACUGUCAGCACCCUGAUCCAUGGGCAGUGCGAAGAUGAGCGCUACACUGCGCCGUCGCCAAAGGUCGCGGACCUGCUGGACAACAUCAGAAAUAGAAUGGACACAGAGUUUGGCCUCAAUCAGAAAGAGCGCCACCGGAUUGUCGAGGACCUUUUGAGAAUGUAUGAGAUGUUACGCAUAUAUAGAUAG